AUGAUAGAUGUUGACCUUAACAAGUGUGAACCGUGGGACAUUCCUGAAACAGCAUGUGUGGGAGGGAAAGAGUGGUAUUUCUAUACACAAAGAGACAGAAAGUAUGCAACAGGGCUACGCACAAAUCGUGCCACUGCCUCAGGGUAUUGGAAGGCCACAGGGAAGGACAGGCCUAUCCUUCGCAAGGGUACCCUUGUUGGUAUGAGGAAGACUUUGGUGUUCUAUCAAGGAAGGGCACCCAAAGGGAGAAAAACUGAAUGGGUCAUGCAUGAGUUUCGCAUUGAAGGUCCCCAUGGACCCCCUAAAAUUUCUUCUUCCAAGGAAGACUGGGUUUUGUGUAGGGUGUUCUAUAAGAACAGAGAAGUUUCAGCCAAACCUAACAUGGGUAGCUGCUACGAAGACACAGGCUCUUCAUCUCUUCCUGCAUUAAUGGACUCUUACAUAAGUUUUGAUCAAACUCAAGCUCAUGCAGAUGAGUUUGAGCAAGUGCCCUGCUUCUCCAUUUUUUCUCAGAACCAAGCAAUCCCCAUUUUCAACCACAUGACAACAUCCAUGGAGCCUAAAUUACCUGCAACUACAUAUGGAGGAGCACCAAAUUUAGGUUAUCGCUUAGACCCUUUAUCCUGUGACAGAAAAGUGUUGAAAGCUGUUUUGAAUCAGAUCACAAAGAUGGAAAGGAAUCCUCUGAACCAUAGUCUUAAAGGUUCACCACCAAGCUUAGGUGAGGGAAGCUCAGAGAGUUACUUAUCUGAAGUGGGGAUGCCUCACCUGUGGAACAAUUACUGA